GGUAUUGAACGGAAAACACGCACACUGUACGUACACUCGGUGCAAAGCUACGUCUGGAACAAGGCCGUGACCAAGCGACAGGCGCUGUAUGGCGACCAGGUGGUUGAGGGUGAUCUGGUUAACGUGCCUGAAGGCGAGGGCGAUGAAGGAAGCAAGGUGCUAGUACACCAGCACGACAGCAAACGGGUAGGUAGGGCAUGGGGGUUAGGUAGCUGA